UCACAGGCACGUUGUGCUCAUCUCGCGCCCAGUUUGGGUGUGUGCUUUACAGGAGGCAUUGGAAGAAUGUCGUGUUGUCAUAUUUAAACAGAAUCCUUUUCUUUUUCGUGGACUUUACCGAAUAAUCAAAAUAUGGAGUCACAUAUUCGAGGGUCGCAAUGGAUAAGGUACGUCUCGGUAUUUAUAUGUCUGUAUGCCAGCCUGAGAAGAACAUCUGCCGUUACCCACUACACUAUACCAGAGGAAAUGGAGGAAGGAUCGGUGGUGGCCAACCUGGCUACAGAUCUAGGGCUAGACGUUCAGUCUUUAACGAAACGUAAGAUGCGGUUAGACGUUAUCGCCAAUAGGAAAUAUCUGGAUGUGAACCGAGAGACUGGUGACCUCUACAUUUUGGAAAGGAUUGAUCGAGAAAUGUUGUGUCCUUUUAAAAUGACGACUUCGAACUGUUUUCUUAAACUGGAUGCAACCAUCGAAAAUCCCAUACGAAUGUUUAAUAUCGAGUUAGAAAUAGUUGACAUUAAUGACAAUGCACCCCACUUCCGCAGAGAUACAAUGCAUUUAGAUAUUUCUGAGUCUACUCCUACAGGCGAGAGGUUUUCUCUGAACAAUGCUGUUGACCCUGAUUUCGGCACAAACUCAAUUAAAACAUAUCGUUUAAGUGAGAGCGAGCAUUUUAACAUUGAAAUACAGACAGGCAGAGAUGGUUCGAAAUUUGCCGACCUGAUUCUGACUAAAUCUUUAGACCGAGAGAAGAAGGCAAUCCACAAUCUAAUACUCACAGCUUUAGACGAUGGGGUUCCCACGCGCUCUGGUACUGCAAGCAUCAUUGUUCGCGUGUUGGACACAAAUGACAACGCACCUCAGUUCGAGAAAGACAACUACACCAUGUACUUAUCAGAAAACGCGCAUAUUGGCAGCCUUGUGGCUAAAUUAAAUGCAACAGAUUUAGAUGAAGGUUCAAACUCAGAGAUCGAAUACGCUUUCAGUCUGUAUACAUCAGAAAAGACACAAGAAACAUUCGGUUUAAAUCCCACUAAUGGCGAAAUUCAUGUCAAAUCCACGAUCAAUUAUGAGGAUUUCAAAAUAUAUGACAUGGAGAUUAUAGCAAAGGAUAAAGGCGCAAAUUCUCUGUCCAGCCAAUGUAAAUUAACAGUCUUGGUGACCGAUAUGAAUGACAAUCAUCCAGAAAUAUCAAUAAAGUCCUUCCAGAGUCCAAUUAAAGAAGACGUGGUCGUAGACACUGUUAUUGCAGUGGUCAGUGUCAGUGAUAAAGACUCUGGAGAAAAUGGGAUUGUGGACAUCCAUAUUUCUGACACACUACCCUUUUCAUUGAAAAAGUCGGCAGAUAACUAUUACGAGCUUGUAAUUUCAAAACCGUUAGAUCGGGAAAAAGUACCAGAGUAUGCUAUUACAUUUACAGUUACGGAUAGGGGCUCUCCACCAUUGUUCGACAAUGAAACUAUAACGCUGGAGUUGUUAGACGUUAACGACAACGUUCCCCAAUUCCCUCAGUCACUGUACACAAUUCCAGUUGUGGAGAACAAUGCACCUGGAGCACUAUUAAGUUCCCCGACAGCCUUUGAUCCAGACCUCCACGAAAACCAAUACUUAGUAUACUUUAUCAUAGAAAAGGAAAUUGCGAACACGUCUAUGUCCAUGCUCUUUUCCAUCAACCCAGAGAAUGGUAACCUUUACGCGCUGAAAACGUUUGACUACGAGAUAGAAAAGGAGUUCCUCUUCCACAUUGAAGCAAGGGAUUCCGGUAUCCCUCCACUAAGCAGUAACGUAACAGUUCAUAUUAUUAUAAUGGACCAGAAUGACAACACACCAGUUAUUGUAUCUCCGUGGCGCGCGCACGGCUCCGUGGUUGAGAAAAAGAUUCCAAGAUCUACAGACAAAGGAUCUCUGGUGGCUAAAGUUAUCGCCAUAGACACAGACUCUGUGCACAAUUCUCGGAUAACAUAUCAGUUCCUAGUGAACACUGAAGCCACCUUAUUUAGUCUGGACCAAUAUAACGGAGAGAUUCGGACUACGAGAAUGUUCAGUUACAGAGACGCGCGCCAUCAGCGCUUGAUUGUGAUAGCCAAGGACAACGGAGAGCCCGCUCUGUCUGCGACAGUUACAAUCAAACUUUCAACAGUGGAAACGGACAUGAAAUCUUACUCAGACAUGACUGAAGUGCCUUUGGAACAUGACAUCUUUUCUGACUUAAACCUUUGUCUCGUUAUUGGAUUGGGCUCUGUGUCAUUUCUGUUACUGAGCACCAUUCUGGUCACCAUCGUACUGAAGUGCCAAAAACCGAAACACAGCAAAGCAGCGCCUCCUUCUAGGAACAGUGUGAUCAGUUCAGAGAGGAAUUCUACCUUUGCGGAUUCUACACUGGUCUCAAACGAUGCUUACUGGUACAGUAUGUUCCUUGCGGAGACGAGGAAAGGGAAGCUGGUCGUCAGGCAGCCGGCGCCAAAGGGGUCGCGGUAUGUUGUGUCCAGUUUACCAAGAGGCACAGGUCUGACAGAGACCAGCGAUUCAGCUGCCUCGACACUUCAGUACUCAAAAUGAGAGAGAUCCCUUCCCACAGCUGGAGGCGUCCACCACCACCAGCAGCAGCUCCUCGUGAGGCCCCUCCUGGCUACGCUGGUGCCGGAGUGACGUCAGGAGGACCCCCCCACCACCCUCCCAUCUCUCAACCCCCCUGUACAGCCCUGCCUGCCCCCGAUGAGCUGAGAAAAACCACGAGGCUCCUGGGGCCACCUGCUCUUCUCAUCCCCACUCAUCCUCCCACACACCUGCACAAGCCACGGCAGGCCCCCCCCGCCCUUCACCCUGGACCUUGGCUGACCAGCCCUCACCCUUUACUGCUCCGUCACACACAGCCACCGUCCCCAUCAUCAAAGCCUCUUCAUCCUGCCUGUUAGCCCACAUGACUCUGCAUGGCCACGACCUUCACGCUUCUGGCUCCUUCAUGUUAACCAUACCUCCUCACUGGAGUGAGGACAACUGGGAAAAUGCGGAUAUGGACAAUAUCCGAUGGAGGACAAUACGGAAAACCACGGAACCCAACUUGCUGCAGAGCGCGGAGAGGCAGAGAGGAGUAAAGGAUUAUCCUGAUGGGGAACGUGAACUGAUGGCAUGGGAAAGAAAUGGUGUGUGUUAAAAAUGAGAACAAAAAGAAAAGAGAAAAAACACUGAAACACAGAAAACAAUAUGUACAGAAAAGGGUAUCUUCAGACUAUGUAAUAUCACUGUUUUCAGCUAAUUAAGUAGGGAUGUGUUCCUGCAAAAUGCCUGCAAAUAUCAGUAACAUGUACACAGACCACCUAGCCCUUCUUAUAUAUAUAUAUAUAUAUAGGUUGUAUUGCCGCUGAACACCUUACACAUUUUGCUCAUAGUACCCAAUGUAAUCAUAAUCUGAUACCAGUAUUUUAUCAAAACAACAGCAAUUUUUUCCGCUCAAAAUCAGGCCACACAGAUUUGCAUGAUUUCUUCUGCACUGGACACAACUGACGACAAAAGAAAAGACACCGUCAGUCCCUCACUAUUCCUUCCUUUGUCUGUCUGGCGCACACAAUCAAAGCCGCCACACAAAGCGCUUUGCUGGUCCUGUUUUUAAAUAUUCAUAAACUACUCAACACUGAGUGAGGAGUCAUAUUGAUUAGCGAAUCUGAAGGCCGACUGUUUUGUCUGUACUUACAGACAGCCUCUCAGUCAGCAACAGAAAAAUCAGUGCGGUUCAGUCAGGCCAAUUUACAGGGUGCUGAGGAGACAACCUAGGGCAAGGAUUUGCCAAUGAACCAACACCAGACAACUCUUCCUGUUUCACCUUUUAAUUUGGUUGCAUUUCAAACUGGAUGUGGACCCAGUCCACCCUUUAAACCAUUCUAAUCUUCAUGACAUGCUCACGCAGUGAUUGGUCUGGGGGGGUUUCCUUGGCUUCAAAGUCAAACCAAUCAUGAUUACCGUGGUGACACAGUUUGUUUAAAUGUUUUCUUUUUCUUUCUCUUUCUCCUUUUUUUCUGUAUGACUGUUAAAACAGUUAUCUGAUUGUUGGGAAUGUGAUUUUAAUGUGCUUUGAUUCUAUGGUAAUGCUUUCUUAUCAUUACAACAAAAGAUGGUAGUGUGCAAUGUACUACAGCAGUCAAGUUUCCUCAUGUAUUUUUUGUAGAUUUCUUUAUUUUAUACCAAAAAAAUAUGGCAGUUGGUAUGAAAAUACCAGAUAUUUUGUAAUGUUGAUCCUAACUGCAACUGCUGCUUUACUUUCUUGUGCAAGCUUCUGAAAGUGCUUUGUGUACGGUAUUAUACUAGUGGUGCAAUAUAUAGCUGUCUUCUUUUGAUCUACAGUAUUAUACUGUGCUGUAUUAUGCUGUCCCUUCAACAGUCAUGGUUAUUGCUUAUGCAUUUGAUAUAUUUCCUGGUAAGAGAAGCAGAGGGUCUGGAAGCUGUCUCUAACUGACUAACUAACUAACUGAGGUCACGGCAUUAGAAAAGGUCAUUCUUGGCCAAGGGUCAUGUUCUCAUGUGUGGACAUUUGUGCCUUUCACAGAUGCCAGUCUGUGCGUGUGUGAGAUGGUGGCUGUAUUACAAAGACUCUGUGUUUAACAGCUAUUUAAGAGAGAGAGACGGAUAGAGGGGGGAAGAUGAAAAACAGCUGUGUUUCAGCUGUGUACAGCCUAGACAAACAGCAGAAGGCGGGGGUAGGAAGUUCUUGCAACUCUCUGUCCUGAUUUCGACACAAGUAGUCAACAAUCAGUAAUAGCCAUCCCAGCCAGCUUUCACUUGAAAAGGCACACUGAGUUCUCAUGAAAGGCAUGCUAACUCUUAGCUGGUGCUGAUGGUACCACUGCUGAAAGUGGGUCACACACACACACACACUGCUCAUGAAAGCCACAAUUAUUAAUUUAACCUGAAGCUUUUUUUCCCUGAUAGAGGAAAUGGAGCACCCAUUUAUGCAUUCCAGAUUGAGUGAGUUUGCUCCAUCCUCUCUCCCGAACCUGAUGUGACCCGGCCUGUGUCUCUGCAGUGGGUGUCGGGGCUGGUGGAGGGGAAGCUGAGUAAGUGCAUUACUGCACUGCUGGUGAUCAGAUGGCCUCACAACCUUUUUAACACAAAC